AACCGGAGGGCAGGAUGGAAAAUGCCCGUCCUCCUCAUGGUGUGCCUAUUGCAAGGUUCUGCUUUGACCCCUCCACACAGAAGACCCCAUUUCAGAUGCCUGCGGAAUGGCCCUGUCCCCUCCAGGGCCCACCUCUGGGCUAAUGAAUCACUCACUCCUUUCUCGCCCCUCUGCCUGAUGGAGGAGACAUCCAUCGCAGCUGCAGGUGCAUUGAAGGGCCCAAGGCUGGUGUCCGGGGAGCCUGGGGGAGCUGUCACCAUCCGGUGCCACUAUGCCCCCUUGACCAUCAACAUGCACGACAGGAAGUACUGGUGUCGCCUAAGCCCCGUGACACACAUCUGCCACACCAUCGUGUCCACCACCCGCUACACUCACCUGCGCUACCGCGGCCGCGUGGCUCUCGCUGACUUCCCGCGGAGAAGCUUGUUUGUGGUGACGCUGGCCCAGCUGUCCCCGGAUGACGUGGGGCGCUACCGCUGUGGCAUUGGAAACACGAACAACAUGUUCUUCUUUAGCAUGAACCUGACCAUCUCCGCAGGCCCUUCCGGCUCCAUCCCCACGGCCACUCCGGCUGCCACUGAGCUCGUCACGGGAUCCUUUGGAACAGCAUCACCAGCGGCCAACAGACGCACCCCGGGAGCCACCCAGACCAUAGGAAGACAGGGGACAGGAUGGGCCGGAGUUGCUGGGACUCCAGAAACAACAGCUGAGGGAAGGCAGACCCUGGGAACAACGGGGGCAGGAGCUCUAGGGACGGGCAGCCAGGGAGCAGCCUCCGUCUGGGCAACGGUCCCCAUUCCAGAGAGUCCGGCUUCAGCGAUCGGAGGCGUGUCCGAUACAACAGAAGAUGUUUGGGUGUGGGACCCCAGAGGCUCGGUAGCCAACAGGGCUCGGCCCAGCGAGGAAUGGGGGGAGACAACUACUGAGGCCGAUGGAGCAGAGGAAGAAACAGAGAGGGUCAGAACAGCCCCGGAUGUAGCUGCGAAGGUCACAGGGACCAGUAGGCCAUCAACUCUGGUCUCCGAUAAAUGGGUGCAGGGAAUCCUUCGAGAAGCAACAACUGUUUCUGAGCCACAAGCCCUGGGCUCCAUUGAAGGAACUGCUCCAGCUGCAGGUGUGUGGACCCUGGGACCCACCAGCAGAGAGAUGGCAUCCGAGCAAGGAGCCACCCAAGGGGACCUAGACAGGCCUGCAGGAGACAGCGAUCCCCAAGCCACACCGAGCCAGGCCCCAGCUGCUGGGUCCAUGAGGCCCUUGGGCAAGGGGUCCCCCAUGAAGAGCGCUACUCCAGGAGAGAAAAACAAAUCUUCUUGGAUCCUGAUUCCGGUAUCUAUGCUGUUCCCCGUUACGCUUGUGGCUCUUGGCCUACUGCAAAAGAAGCUCCAGAGAAAGAGGAUGACUCAGGAGACAGAGAGGACUGCAGGGGUCACCUUGAUUCAGAUGACAUAUUUCCUGGAACUGAGCCUCCAGCCAGACCAGCUGCCUCUCAUAGAAAGGAGGAUGCUCCGGGGUGACUGUCCUCCCCAGGCCAGUCUGACAGUCCCGGAGAGGCACCCCGGACCCCGGGGAAUAGAAGAGUAA